GCUGGCCCCGCCAUGGCAUUCUGAAAGACAUCGAGGCCCUGUAUUUUCAAGGCCCUGUAUAUCCAAGUAAGAUAAAAGAAAUACUGCAUCCUGUUCUGAAAACCAACGGAACCAGGUCUUUGAAGCAUAACAGUCUGGGUUUAGCCCUACUUCUUCUUCAAUGGCAUCAUUUGUGAUGCUGGCCUUCCUGGCGGCUGUGCUGCUCCCUUUUCCUGCAAACGGACACGAGGAUGCUGCCUUAUCAACCGAACUACCUGAAGUUCAAGAAGAGAUUAUAAAUAAACACAACGAACUGAGGAAAGCAGUGUCUCCAAGCGCCAGUAACAUGCUAAAGAUGCAAUGGGAUAGUUUCGCAGCCGCAAAUGCUCAGAAGUGGGCAGACCAGUGUAUCUUAAAACACAGUAAACCAGAGCAACGAAAAACAGACGUGAAAUGUGGUGAGAAUCUCUUUCUGUCAAGUCACCCUGUUUCAUGGUCACACGCAAUCGAUAGCUGGUAUAAAGAGAGCCAAAACUUUGAAUAUAAUUCAGGGCCAAAGACACCCAAGGCAGUGGUUGGACAUUAUACUCAGGUUGUUUGGAGCACUUCUUUCAAGGUUGGAUGUGCUUGUGCCUAUUGUCCUAAUGAAAAGCUACGAUUCUUCUACGUUUGCCAGUAUUGUCCUGCUGGCAAUUUAGUGACUAAGAUGAAGACCCCUUACAAGCAAGGAGAACCUUGUGACAGUUGUCCUGACCACUGUGACGAUGGACUAUGCACCAAUGCUUGUGAGUAUGAAGACAAUCUUAGUAACUGUGAACAGUUGAAGAACAUGGUAGGCUGUAGCCAUUCCUUAACCAAAACCAAAUGCAAAGCUUCCUGCAACUGUAUUAACAAAAUUUAUUGAAUGCCCAAAACAUGUAAAGGAGAGCUGUAUGGUGAAGAAGCACAUCAUCGACUUAGAUUCAACAUUCUAUUAGUAGAGACAUUAUCUUAGCUAAAAUUUCAUUUUUAAACAGUAAUAAAUCUGUUUUCUUCUGGA